AUGUUCCCGCCGUCCUUCAGUCUGAAGAAGUUGUGUAAGUUCUGUGAUGUGGAGUCUUCAUCCUGCAAUGGGACAGGAAGCUGCCUCUCUAACUGUUCCAUCACCGCUAUCUGUCCCCAGGAGGAGGAGGUCUGCAUCGCCAUCUGGUAGGGUUACAGUGGAGAGGGGGGAGGGGGGAGGGGGGGUCAGUGUGUGUCUCCAUCUCUCUGUCAGUGUGUCUUACGAUCUUUCUGUCUGUGUGUGUCUCCAUCUCUCUGUCUGUGUGUGUCUCCAUCUCUCUGUCUGUGUGUGUCUCCAUCUCUCUGUCUGUGUGUGUCUCCAUCUCUCUGUCUGUGUGUGUCUCCAUCUCUCUGUCUGUGUGUCUCCAUCUCUCUGUAUGUGUGUGUCUCCAUCUCUCUGUCUGUGUGUCUCCAUCUCUCUGUCUGUGUGUCUCCAUCUCUCUGUCUGUGUGUGUCUCAAUCUCUCUGUCUGUGUGUGUCUCCAUCUCUCUGUCUGUGUCUGUGCAUGUUCCUGUGUCUGUCUGUCUGUCUGUCUGUCUGUCUGUCUGUCUGUCUGUCUGUCUGUCUGUCUGACACUCUCUCCAUAUCUCCAGGAGGAAGAAUGAAGGUAACUACAGCAUUGAGACUCUGUGUCAUGACCCCUCCAAGCCUCUGUACGGUGUUGAACUGGAUGACUACAACAGUUCUAUGUGUGCCAUGAAGGAGAAGAAGAGCUCUGGAGGACCAUUCUUUAUCUGCUCCUGUACUGAAGAGGAGUGUAAUGAUAACCUGUCCUUCACUCCC